AUGGCGCUGAUGUUCCUCAAGGCAGCGCUUUGCCAGCCAGAAUGCCAGUCUGGAGGUCAUCAGAUCCUUCAUAGCCCAUAUAGAAGUGUUAAUUUUGAUUCAUCACAGCUUCAGCAGUCGGCUAUUCAGGACGUAAUAUGUGAUCAUUCAUUGACGUCAGGAUGGUAUCGCUUUGUAAUUUUUGAUAAACCAGCUGAAAUGCCUACCAAGUGUGUGGAGGUGAAUCACUGUGGAACACAAGCUCCUGUCUGGCUGUCUCUGGGAGAGUCCGAAUCCUUGCCUCAACCUGGUGAAAUCAAACACUUAACAGCCUGUGCAACGUGGCGGUUUUUCUUCAGCACUGCAGAAGACUGCUGCCUUUUCCGAAUUCCUGUUAGUGUAAGGAACUGUGGGGAUUUCUUCUUGUACUUGCUCCAGCCUACCCAGGGGUGCAUGGGAUAUUGCGCAGAAGUGAUUUCAGAUGCAAAACCCCAUGACUGUCAAUCUGGGGACCAUGGAACACAAACCAUCUGUAGCAGUAAAUUUCCUCCUUCACAAUUGCAACUUCCAUUACCACCCUCUCCAAGCAUACCUGAAAUUGUGGCAGAGUUAGUUGAUGAUAUUGUUUUCUUAAGGUGCACCUUUGAUGUACCUACUGCAAACACCUCAGUGGGCUUUGUUGUGGUUUGGUCCAGACUGUCUCCUGAAAGCAUCAAAGAAGAACUGAGACAAGAGACAACUGUUCAGACAUUCUCAGUUUUAGAACUGGAUGGUAUAAACCUCAGACUUGGAGAUAGGAUUUACUGUAGCAGUUCUGCCUUUUUCUUAGAGAAACCAGAAAUGCAGAGCCCACUCACUGAGAGCAAGGAAUUCUUUGCAGGGAUUAAGCUGCAUCCUGAGGCAUUUACUAUAUCCGAAGAUGGAAAGCAAUAUAGACUGACAGCAGAAAGCAAAAUUCCCAUUCCUUGUCCUAAAGAAGGCCAGUUUGGAAAUGACUGCAAAAUCUCAUUAAAAUUAAACACGAUAGAGGAAGGUAAAGACCAACGGAGCUUAAACUUGGUACUGUCUUCUUGCCUUGUGGACCUUUUUCAGCAUCCCUGCAACAAUAAAACCUGUAGCCAGGCUAGUAUUCAUUUUGCUGCUGUGUCUGAUUUCAUUCAAGAUGGGGACACAGUAACCAGGAUUGUGGUGGACCCUAUCAUUAGUGACAGUUUUCUGUGGAAUAAUUAUGUGCCAGAAAGCACUCAGGUUACCGUGAAGGAUUUGCCCUCUGCUUAUUGCUACUCUUUUACUGACCCACAUAUCAUUACAUUUGAUGGCAGAGCAUAUGACAAUUUUAAAACAGGAACAUUUGUGCUAUACAGAAGUAACUUCCGUGAUUUUGAAGUCCACGUACGUCAGUGGGACUGUGGAAGCCUUUAUUACCCGGCAUCAUGCAACUGUGGUUUUGUUGCCAAAGAAGGGGCUGAUAUAAUAGCGUUUGACAUGUGCAGUGGCCAGCUUCGUGACUCACAGCCCCAUUUAUCCAUAAAGAGCAGAGACUCUCCAGACAGCUAUGUCAGGAUCACUGAAUCUUACCAAGGAAGGAAAGUCACAAUUUCAUUUUCUUCUGGAGCUUUUGUUCGAGCUGAUGUGAGUGAAUGGGGAAUGAGUCUGACACUCAGAGCUCCCAGCUCAGAUUAUAAACACACCUUGGGACUUUGUGGAACUUUUGAUGGCAAUUCAGAGAAUGAUUACCAUGAUGUGGACGGAACGGAAAUCUCAGGAGGAACUGAUGCUUAUCUGACUUUUAUUAACGAAUGGAGAAUUGCACCAGGAGAGAGCCUCUUUGACAAAAUACCAUCUCCUUUAACUUCAGCCAAGAAAAUACUUUUCUGCAGUUGCAGUGCGGGUGGCAUGGGAGCAGAUGAGCCAGUGAACAAACUAAAGUCCUUUUCAGAAGCAGGAUUUGCUUUGUCUUGUAAAAGAACUGAGCAACAUGCUAGGCUUCCUUCUUUGAUCCCAGGGCUGGAUGUUACAGCUGAGUAUAUUAGCUCGGUUGAUCAUGUCAGGGGCUUAAGUAAGCGUGCCUCUGUGCUUGAAGAGGAUUCCUCUGUUCUUCUCUCAAGAGAAGUACACUUGCUUAAUCAAACGGCUCUUCAGAUAGCAUCCCAGAAGCACCUAACCAUCCUUCCAAACUCAAAGAGCAGCACUAGGACAAAUAAACAAGAUGUUCUGCGCUCCAUAGCCUACAACAACACUGACAUGUAUCAGCAGCAGCACAGAAGACCAUCUGUCAGAAGCCGCCCAAAACGGCAGCAUUAUUAUGAGUACCAUCCUGCAUUUCCAUCCCAGAGUCUGAGCCAAGCAGAUCUGGAUGGAUUUAGUUAUUUCUUCCCAGAAGAUCACACAGCUGACACAUACCAAGAGCCCUUGUCCUCAUGGCCCACGCCUUCUGGCUUCACCGAAUCUGAUGCAGUGGGUCUGUGCCAGGAGAUGGUAGCUAAUUCUAGCCUAGGCAGAGCCUGCCAUGCUCUCCUUGGCCUUCAGGUAGAGAAUGCAGUACAGAUGUGUGUCAAGGAUUUGCAACUGAAGGAUGAUCUCAACUGGGCAAAAGCAUCUUUGGCCCUCUUGGAAAAUGAAUGUGAAAAAAGGGUUUGGGAAGAAAUUAAUUACAGCCCGAAAGAAAAUGAAGGGUUCAUUGAAGACUUGCUCUUGGCACUGAAAUGUCCCAACCUCUGCAGCAAGAAAGGCCAGUGUGUCGAGUGGGGCUGUGCAUGCUUUGAAGGCUUCACCUCUUACGACUGCAGUAUGUUGUCUGAUCAGGUUCCAGAAAUUAUAGAGCUAGACAAUGGAGGAUUGUGUGAUAUUCGGCAAUAUGACUGCACAACUGUAAGAGCUUUUGGCCAUGGAUUUCAAGAGUCUCCUGGCUCGAGAUGUGAAAUUAACAAAUUGCAGUACAGUGAUAACAAAUGGGUCCUUGGGGAAUCUGAAUUUAUCAGUGGUGUCUUUCAUAAUACCAGGACAGUUGAUUGCCAUCUAUCAGCUGAAGGACAACAUUCUGAUACUAUGGAUCUGGUAGAUGACAAACCAAUUGCAAGGUGGCAAAUUAAGGUUUCCAAUGAUGGGAUCACUUAUAGCAACCCUAAAAUCGUGACUUUAUUUGAUGGAGCUUGUCAGCUAUGCAGUCCUCAGUUGGAUGGACUCUGCAUGUUAAAGGAGAAAACAUGCACUAUAGAUGGACUUUGUUAUGGCGAAGGUGACACAAAUCCUCUGAGCCCUUGCUUACUCUGCAGACCUGAAGUGUCAAAGUUAACUUGGUCAAUUGCUGAAAGUAACCAACCUCCUGUAAUUCAAAAUCUUCAAGAAAGGCUGCAAACAUUUUAUGGGGAGAACUUUGUGUAUCACUUCACGGCCACAGACCCAGAAGGCUCUGCCAUUGCCUUUUCGCUAAAUUCUGGGCCCUUAGGUGCCAGUCUUUCUCCUGCUGGACUCUUGAUAUGGAAAGCAGUGUCAAAAAACACUCAGCAGUUUACUUUUACGGUGACAGAUGACUGCAGUGCUGAAGCCAGAGGAACAAUAGAGGUCACCGUGAAACCAUGUGACUGUUUAAAUGGUGGGUCUUGUGUGACAAACGUCAGUUUCCCCCCUGGAAGUGGGAAAUACAUCUGUGUCUGCUUGCCAGGGUUUGAGGGUGACCUUUGUCAAGUGAACAUUGAUGACUGCACAUCCAAUCCGUGUGGCCUCACCAGAUGUUUCGAUGGAAUAAAUAGCUUCCGCUGUGAAUGUACACCUGGACUGCAGGGCUUCCUGCAGCAUUCCACUACGGCGGUUCCAAAUACUGCAAAAUUUCCAUCUAAUCCCACAGAUGUUCCUGAAAGUUUUAUUCCCACAGAAACAGCCAAGAGUGCUCCAUCAGCUUCUAUAGCUCAGACAACUAUAUCUUCAAAGUUGCUCAUUUCACAGAGAACAGCUUUUAGAAAGCCAAUUAGGAGUGGAUUCCUUGAUUAUUUAUUUGAUGUCAGUACUGCAAACACCUAUUCUGGUACCACCGGCAAAGGCUCUGUGGCCAGCUCCGUGCCCAACGUGUCAUUUAGGAAUAAUGCAGUAUCUCCUGGGAGGACCACAAAGACACCACUAUCACAAGUGGAGAGAUCUUACUCUCCCUUAGGGGCCAGCAUAAUACUGAGCAACAAAAUGAACAUAAUCAAUAGGACCUUAGUAGCAAACAAAGAACCAGAAGGAAAAAGUGAUGGCAAGUUUCAGAGCCCAUUUGGGAAACAUAGAGACAACUUUGUACAGCCCAUCUUUGAGACAUUUGCUGUGCCUCCCAAAGGGUCCGGGACAGAUGAAGAGGGGAGCUUCAGAUGUGGUCGUUGCCCUUUUGGCUAUUUUGGAGAUGGUGUUGUAUGUAUAGCAAUAUGCAGGCAUCCAUGUGGUAAAAACAUGAAAUGUGUGGCACCCAAUACCUGCCGAUGCAAAUCUGGAUACUUGGGCCAUGGUUGUCAGGUUGCCCUUUGUCAACCAGAGUGUAAAAACCUUGGGAAAUGUAUCCAGCCUAAUGUAUGUGAAUGUCUCCCAGGAUUCAGUGGAUCCAUCUGUGAUGAAGCCCAUUGUGACCCACCUUGCCAACAUGGAGGGACGUGUCUAACUAAAAACCUUUGCACUUGCCCAUAUGGUUUUGUAGGUCCAAGAUGCGAAACAAUGGUAUGCAACAGGCACUGUGAAAAUGGCGGUGAAUGUCUUACUCCAGACGUCUGCCAGUGCAGAGUUGGCUGGUAUGGACCCACAUGUAGUACAGCGGUGUGUGACCCAGUAUGCCUCAAUGGUGGAUCGUGCAUUAAACCAAAUACUUGUCUUUGUCCCAAAGGAUUUUUUGGUGCCUAUUGUCAAAAUGCUGUCUGUAACCCUCCUUGUAAGAAUGGUGGUCAUUGUAUGAGAAAUAAUGUUUGCACUUGUCCUGAUGGCUACAUUGGAAGGAGAUGUGAAAAAAGUAUCUGUGACCCAGUGUGCAUCAAUGGAGGGAGAUGCGUGGGCCCAAAUGUUUGUUCUUGCCCUUCAGGAUGGAGGGGCAAAAGAUGCAACACUCCUAUAUGCCUUCAGAAGUGCAAGAAUGGAGGGGAAUGUAUUGGGCCGAGUACUUGCCAUUGCCCACCAGAAUGGGAAGGAAUUCACUGUCAGACACCUGUGUGCAACCGGAAAUGUCUAUAUGGAGGGACAUGUAUACGGCCUAAUGUAUGCUCUUGCCGUCCUGGCUACACUGGAGUCAUCUGUGGGAAAAAAAUCAGGGUACAAGGACAUCGCGCUUGAAGAACCAGUAUCUGGAUCACAUAAUCAUGCUUCAUGGACCACCAGGUUCUUGGAUGUAAAGAGGUUCUCUCAAGGCACCAUUACAUAAAGGGCACAAUCCAGCCCCUUCUUCAAGAGGACAAAACACAGAAAGGCUCCACAUAAGAGUUUAUUAGAGCUGUUCCCUUUUCCCACUUUGCUAGCCCCUGCACGGGAAAUACCACUGCUACGCUGGGCAUCCUUCAAUCUUGCGAUCUAUUCAUGUUAAGCAGAACUCCUCACACACACACUCACACAACUCACUUGUAAAAAUCUAGUGGCCUGCUGCUUCCUAGGUCCCUGAGGAACAAAGUCCUUGCAUGGGUCCAGUGGGAUUGGGCUACUAGAGGGGCAGGAAGUGGGAGAAGGCCAUAGGUUAGUGUAAAUGGCUGAGUGUGCUGUAGUGUGCUCUCCAUGGCAGCAA